UCACUCCAUAUUAUCCUUCUUAUCCCCCCCAUUUACCUGUGGUGAGAGGAGAGGGAUGUUAAAUUCAUCACACUGGCCCGGUUGCGGAUUGCGCGUGGAGGAGGGGCGUGAGGGAAUCCCAUGCACGGAAGGGUUACAGAUAUCGCGCUAUUGUCGUCCGUUAUCAAAGGAAGUGAAGGUGGAAUAAUGAAUGGACCGCGAUAUGCAGCCAGGGAGAAGAACAUUCUCUCGAAUUUUUAAAGGUUGAGCGGAAAGACGAUGUGUUUUGUUAUGUCAUGGACUGUUAUUGCCUUGGGAGUCCAAAGAAGUGGAUGGAUUCCUGGGCGAAUCAGCGGCAAUGUCAAAGGGACUAACUGAGCUCGAGGAAGCAUCUUUGCACGUCUCGCACCGUUGUUCAAGCAGCAUCAACCGCGAAAUGAACAUUCUGGUAUAUUGUGAUCAUUUAAUACUGUAGGUGUAACUUAUUUUAGACACCGCCAAAGAACUGGUGCAUUAGACUAUAUUGCAAGUGAAGUCUCUAAAGAAAUGUUGGUGGUGCACAAAGAUGUUCUAAAAACAACCGGAAGAAGUGAAGGUGACAGUCGACUAUCAACAUGGCGAUUUAUGAGUCAUUGACUUAAUCAUUUAAUUAACCUAUAGGCUACAACGGAAUAACUUUAUUUUAGAGACGUAAAAGCACGAAGACCCUGCUCGUUUCAGAUGCUACGGGACAUCCUGGCAUUUGGUGGUUUUCAAGCGGUUCCUCAACGUGACACUACACGCGCACUGUACGCUUUGGCUCAAAGCGAGCAACGCCGCCGUCUCGGCUGUGUUGUUUGAGUGAGAACCGGACGCCAGUGGAUGCCGCAGAGUUGUUUGGGUCGAAACCGAAACAAGUGAAGGGUCAGGGGGCUGUUUUGGGGAAUUCCCCAUCCGACUGCGCGUUAUUACACCAUGGAUGACUCGGGGAUAAUUCGGCGUCGGAGGCUGCAGAAGGAUCUGCCACUGCCCCGCAAGAACAGCAGUUGUCGUACCAGUAACAGGAAGAGUCUGAUCCUGUCCACCACCUCCCCAACUCUGCCCCACCGCCCACACUCUCCUUUGCCCCUCCCUGUACACCUCGGAAGUAGCCCUCUGGACAGCCCACGCAACUUCUCUUCCAGCACCCCGGCACACUUCUCAUUUGCCUCCUCCAGAAGGGCGGAUGGUCGACGAUGGUCCCUGGCAUCUCUACCCUCCUCUGGAUAUGGCACCAACACGCCCAGCUCCACGUCCUCCAGCUCAUCUCAGGAGCGGCUGCACCAGCUGCCCUUCCAGCCCACCAUGGACGAGUUGCACUUCCUGUCAAAGCACUUUGGCAGCACGGAGAGCAUCACCGACGAUGAUGGGGGCCGCUGCUCACCACACAUGCGACUGCGCUCCCGCAGCCUCAGUCCUGGACGCUCCCCCUCCUGCUAUGACAAUGAGAUUGUCAUGAUGAACCAUGUGUACAAAGAGCGCUUCCCCAAAGCCACGGCUCAGAUGGAGGAGCAUCUAGCAGAGUUCAUCAAUGCCUUCUCCCCUGAGAGCGUGCUGCCGCUGGCCGACGGAGUCAUCAGCUUCAUCCACCAUCAGAUAGCAGAGCUGUCCAGGGACUGCCUGUCCAAAGCUCGCGAAGGCCUCAUCACUACUGUCUACUUCUUUGAGCUGCAGGAGAACCUGGAGAAGCUACUCAAUGACGCGUACGAGCGAUCAGAGAGCUCAGAGGUGGCCUUCGUCACAGAGCUGGUGAAGAAACUCCUCAUCAUCAUCUCUCGCCCAGCAAGGCUGCUGGAGUGCUUGGAGUUUAAUCCAGAGGAGUUCUACCACCUGCUGGAGGCAGCAGAGGACCACGCCAAGGAGGGACACCUGAUGAAGACGGACAUCCCUCGCUACAUUAUCAGCCAGCUGGGACUGACACGAGACCCUAUAGAGGAAAUGGUGAACCUGGACAGCUACGACAGUGAGGGACCUCUCACCCCAGAAACAGACGACUCAACAGAGGGCAAGAUGAGAGCUAUGAAGACGCCCGAAGAGGCUGACUUCCAGACCAUAAAGCUAAUCAGCAAUGGAGCCUAUGGGGCUGUUUACCUGGUCCGUCACCUGGAGACCCGUCAGCGUUUCGCCAUGAAGAAGAUCAACAAGCAGAACCUGAUACUGAGGAACCAGAUACAGCAGGCCUUUGUAGAGAGAGACAUCCUGACCUUCGCUGAGAACCCCUUCGUGGUCUCCAUGUUCUGCUCCUUUGAGACCCGCAGGCACCUCUGUAUGGUCAUGGAGUAUGUGGAGGGGGGAGACUGUGCCACCCUGCUGAAAAACAUCGGGGCAUUGCCUGUGGAGAUGGCGCGCAUGUACUUUGCCGAGACCGUCCUGGCACUGGAGUACAUCCACAACUAUGGCAUCGUGCACCGCGACCUCAAACCAGACAAUCUUCUGAUCACUUCCAUGGGGCACAUCAAGCUGACUGACUUCGGCCUGUCUAAGAUGGGUCUGAUGAGCCUCACCACUAACCUGUACGAGGGACACAUUGAGAAGGACACCAGAGAGUUCCUGGACAAACAGGUGUGUGGCACGCCAGAGUACAUCGCCCCGGAGGUGAUCCUGAGACAGGGCUAUGGGAAGCCAGUAGACUGGUGGGCUAUGGGCAUCAUCCUCUAUGAGUUCCUGGUGGGCUGUGUGCCGUUCUUUGGAGACACGCCUGAGGAGCUCUUUGGACAGGUCAUCACAGAUGACAUAGUGUGGCCAGAAGGUGAUGACGCUCUUCCUGCUGAUGCCCAGCAUCUGAUCUCUACUCUGCUUCAGACCAACCCACUGGUCCGACUGGGCACAGGCGGUGCAUUUGAGGUGAAGCAGCACUCGUUCUUCACUGAACUGGACUGGAACAGUCUGCUGAGACAGAAGGCUGAGUUCAUCCCCCACCUAGAGUCAGAGGAGGACACCAGCUACUUCGACACCCGCUCGGACCGCUACCACCACGUCCACUCUUAUGAUGAGGACGACACCAAUGAUGACGAACCUGUUGAAAUCCGUCGUUUCUCCUCCUGCUCCCCUCGCUUCAGCAAGGAAUACAGACCCCCCAGAAAUCAGCUGUUCACUCUAGUGACGAAAGUGUACAGCAGCAUGGAGCACCUGUCCCAGCUGGAGCACAAGCCCCCGACGGUGACCCGGCGGGAGCACAAGGGCCCCAGGGAGGACCGGGCGGCCAAGAGAGAGAGCCUGGGCAGCCUGACCUUGAGAGAUAAGAGCUGGAGGACAGGAUCACCUGAGAUGAAGCGACUGUCAUGCUCAGAGUCAUCCUUCACUGAGAGUGACUCCAGUCCUCCAUCUGGGGCCCGGCGACGCUUUUCUGCCCUCAUGGACACUCACCGCUUCGCCUCCCCACUAGAGGCCGAUCCUGAGCUGCCAGUGCCCACCAGGCAGCCCCCAGUCAAGGCCAGGGGCACCUCUCUGGAGGGGGCCAUGGGCACCACAUCCAUGGGCACCACAUCCAGCCAGGGGGAUUUUAGGAAGGAAAAGGAGGGCAACGGGUUGACUGCUGGAGACAAGCUUCUGAGGCCAGCUGAUGUACCAAUCGGAGUCAUCCCCAGCCCCAACAGUACUGUGACUGCUGGGGCCACAGAGCCCCAGGGGUCCCGGGCCACCAACGAACUGGUCCUGAGGAGGGUCCGCCACAGCCAGCUCUCAGCUGAGGGAGAGAAACGCAACUCGCGACCCGUAACCAAGGUCAUCAAGUCUGCUUCCACCACAGCCCUGUCUGUCAUCAUACCUACAGUGGAGCAGCAUGGUACGUCCCCCCUGGCCAGCCCCAUGUCUCCUCGAUCCAUCUCCUCCGAACUGUCGUCUCGUGACUCCUCCCCCAGCCGAGACUACUCGCCCACGGUCAACGUGCUGCGUUCUCCCAUCACCAUCCACCGCUCUGGGAAGAAGUACGGUUUCACCCUCCGAGCCAUUCGAGUCUACAUGGGAGACAGUGAUGUCUACAGCGUACACCACGUUGUCUGGCAUGUGGAGGACGGAGGCCCUGCCCAGGAGGCGGGACUCUGCGCUGGUGACCUCAUCACUCAUGUGAACGGGGAGUCUGUCCACGGGCUGGUGCACACUGAGGUGGUGGAGCUCAUUCUGAAGAGUGGAAACAAUGUGACGGUGACCACCACGCCCUUUGAAAACACCUCCAUCAAGAUUGGUCCUGCCCGGAAGUCCAGCUACAAGUCCAAGAUGGCACGGCGCAACAAGAAGACAGGGGCUAAGGAGGGACAAGAAAGUAAGAAGCGCAGCUCGUUGUUCAGGAAGAUCACUAAACAGUCGAACCUGCUCCACACCAGCCGCAGCCUGUCCUCUCUGAACCGCUCUCUGUCAUCAGGGGACAGCCUUCCAGGCUCCCCCACCCACAACCUCUCUGCCCGCUCCCCCACACAGAGCCACCGCUCCACCCCCGACUCCACCUACCUGGGCAACUCUUCUCAGAGCAGCUCUCCAGUCUCCAGCACACCUAACUCCCCGGCUGCCUCCCAGCACAUGAGACCCAGCUCCCUGCACGGCCUCUCCCCCAAGCUGCACCGCCAGUACCGCUCAGCCCGCUGCAAGUCAGCUGGCAACAUCCCCCUGUCCCCCCUGGCCCACACACCCUCCCCCACCACCGCCUCUCCCCCACCCCUGUCUGGCCACACGGUGGGUAGCUCCAACACCACCCAGGCCUUCCCAGCCAAGCUCCACUCCUCUCCACCUGUGGCCCGUCCCAGGCCCAAAAGCGCAGAGCCACCCCGCUCACCCUUGCUACAGCGGGUUCAGUCGUCAGAGAAACUGGGCGCGACCCUCCUGCCCUCCUUUUCAUCUUCGUCAUCAGCUUCCUCGCCCAUUGCAGGGGGGGCGUCAAUGCGUAAGCACAGCCUGGAGGUGUCACAUGGGGACUACAGGAGGGAGUCUUUCCACUGCGAGCACAGCCUGCAGAGUCUGCUGGAGAUGGAGGGAGAGAACGGGCCCGUUCCCCCCUCUCCCUCAUAUUCCUCCUCCCCCUCUCCCCCCACGGUUGGAGAGACAGUGUGCCUGAAGCCUGCGAGGAGGCUGGGGAGACAGGAGUCACCCCUGAGCCGGGACACACUGCAGACAGGGAGGGAGAGAGCUGCCCAGACUACAGCAUCUGACCCUCACACUGACAGCACACCUGUUAAAGUAGAGCCCAAGACCAGCGCUGGUGAGACAGUUCAGACAUUAACCCCUUGUGAGGCUCUGAAGAGAAAAGCUUCCCCAGUACCAGGUGAGGCCCAGCCUAGCCCAGCCUCAACCCCCUCCACUCCAGGAGCCAAGUCCAGCCCAGCAGACAGACCUCUAAGCUCUAGUGCUCCAAGCUCUGAGACAGCCAGUGGAGGCCCUAAUCCCACUGAGAGGGCCCCAGUCCAGGCUACAUCCCAGAGUCCGCUCUCCCAGGAGCGUAAGCACCAGGCUGUCCAGACAGACACCACCCCAGUAAGCAGAAGCCAGGAGAAGAGUGAGGAGAAAGGGACUGUGGGCCCAGACAACGUCACUACACAGAGGGUGGGAGCUACAGAGUUGGCCAAGGCAAGUAAAGACACACAGAUGGGAGAGAGCACUUUGAAAGGAGGGAUGGGUGGUAUUGACAAAGCCAAUGAGACCAAGGUUAAAGGACCUGCUCCAUCAGUCCCAACCCAAGCACCAGCCCCAACCCCGGCCACAUCCCCUCUUACCAUAGGCCCAGUUCCUGCUUCAACAAAAUCCAGAGCAGACAAGGUUUCUGUUCUGUUGAGCAGCUACCGAGGGGCCAAGGAGGAGAGGAGUCACCUGGAGGUGGUGGAGGAGAACCCUAUGUCCCCCUCCUCCACCGCUGCCUCCCCCUGCUCCAGCAAGUCACGCCCCGUUUCCCCUGGUGACAAGCCAAGCUUUGUGACUCAGCUGACCAGUGCGGCCAAAAACGUGCUGGGGCCUAUGAAGAUGGGAUCCCAGGAAGGGCCCAAGGGCGGUGAGGAGAAGCGGGGAAAUUCAGCAGGAAAGUCUGAGGCUCCAUCUGGAGGUGGUCGACGGGGGGCUCAGGGGACAUCUCAAAGUCCUGCCGGCUCAGCUCAGCCUGAAAAGGCAAACACGAGGAAUUCAGGUAAGCACCACUCCUGAUCUGCGAGUGAGGGACAAACCUGGGAUCUCCCGGAAAAUGCCUUUUGGACCGGAAUAUCAUGCCACCAUAUCAGGCACGGACAGGGCACCCUUAAAAAAGGGACAAAAACAUGUACGCCUAAAGAAACACACACCAAAUAGCUAGAAAAUACAGACCUGUAGAUAAAACAAGAAUAUGUGGAGGAAUGUGCUUUAAUGCUGUUCUCAAAUGUGUGUAUGUAUGUACUGUAUGUGUAAUGUAUAUAGUAAAAGCGUGUCUUCUUGCAUGUUCCAAAUUGUACAUGAGAGAUGAAAGAGAAUAUUUAAAGAGAUGAGGAAAAACAUCUAACAGACCUGAUGGUAGUGAACACUGUGAACAUCAUGUCAACAGGCCCCACAUGUUCCCAAUGUAAACAGCAUGUCAAUAGGCAGGCUUCUGUCACAGUCUGUCACCAUGAGGAGCAUUACCCAUGUCCGUCAACUUCGAUGCCAUCUCUUCACUCAGUUAAAAUACAAAGAUAAUACAAAGACCUUGUCUUUUUCUCACAUAGUACCUGGAAAAAAGAUUGAGAGAAGAAUUGUUGCAUUGGUGUAACAUGCAUUGGUGUAACAUGCAUUGGUGUAACAUGCAUUGGUGUAACGUGCAUUGGUGUAACACAUUGAGAUGUGUUCCUAACUGGACUAAGAUGAUGACCUGCUUGCUAAAUGUGGAACUUGGAAUUGUAUUGUGUAAAGAAGAGCUGAAUGAAUUUGUUUGAGUGUUUUAAGGGCUGAGUCCUGGUUGGAUUUAGGUGGACUAUCUGAACUUGCACAGGGACACUAUGCAAUGGAAUUUUUAGGUAUUUUCCUGUGUGUCCCCUACAAUGUACCCAUGAACGGAUGUUAGGGAGGUAAAGGUUUGCAAUAAGCCAAGCAGAGCAGAUAUAUUGUUCUACGAAUUGUCUGCAUUGACUCCACCCACUGGGCACACACUGGUUGAAUCAAUGUUGUUUCCACAUCAUUUCAAUGAAAUUACGUUGAACCAAUAUGGAAUAGACAUUGAAUUGACGUCUGUGCCCAGUGGGCAUUGUGAAUUGUGCAAUUAUUUAGGUUCUGACAUGAAUACAGUGCUAAUGAAUUGAACUAAAGAAGUGGAACCCAUAUGUCUCUGUGUGUGAAUUAAGUGUGGUCAGGUGAUGAAAUAGAUACUAUAGAAUGGGAGUCUUCUUUGAGACUUACUUGUACUCUGGCAACGUAGGCUAGAACUCUCUCCCUUUUCAAUGUAUGCAAAAUUAGCAUUGUAUAAUGUAAUGUGUGAAUAAAAGUGCCAGUUUUAAUUGAGGGAUAACAUGUUGUUUACAGUGAUGUGUAAUGCUAUGCAAGUUCUAUGUAGAAUUCCUAGUGAGAUCUGAGAGCCCGCCGUAGACCUAGGCAGCACUCUCAUCAGUGACAUAACUUAAUAUGUUCAUGCCCAUACCUGUAUCAGACUGCCAUCUUGUGGUCAUCACACAACUGUCCUGAACAUAGUAUUUGAGGUCAAAAUGUCAUUUACACAUAAUCAGUUCACAAUUGAAUGACACAAGAUUAGAUUUUAUCCGAGAUAUUACCCUCAUAUCUUCAUUAUUUUCUAUUGUAACCAUUGUUCCAUUCAUAUAGCUACUAGAAACUUGUUUGACUCAAUACAAUUUGAAAACUUUUGUUGUGUGUAAUUUGACCGAUAAAGAGAGAUGUAUGAUACUGAUACAGUGCUCCUAGGAGACGACAAACAGCUCAUAUUUAGAUGAAUGCUAGUUAAAAGCUUGUGUUUGUGUAUGCGGGGGUUUGUGUGGAAAUUGCACUUUAUUUUGUGUCAAAUUUAUUUAUCUAUUUAUUACACUAUUUAUUGUAUUUGAUUAUUUGUCAAUUGCUCUCAAACGGUUUACUUGUGCAUUGUUUUUUGAAUUGUUAUUUAUAUCUCUAAAUUGUAAGUCUACAAAUGAGAGAAUUUACCUAAUCUAUGUGGUUGUCCUAUUUUGUGCAGUUAUACUUCUGUCAUUCCAUAAGAGAGUUGCAAUACACCAUGGCCUCUGUCCAUGUUGACUUACUUGUGAGUUUUGACUUUUUUAUGACACUUCUCUCAGUUCAUUGUUGUCCAUGUUAUUUUAUUCCCUAGGUGCUGUUAUGAAACCAAUGCAAAAAAAAAGCCUAAAGAGUAAUAAAAUCCUUAAAGAGAAUCCUUAAA